GCUCCGGCCCAUGGCUUCUCAGCACGGCGUGUCGCGCGUCGUGGGUGGCACAGAUGCCCAGCCAGGGGCCUGGCCCUGGAUCGUCAGCAUCCAGGAUCCCUGGAAAACAGGCACGGGGCAUACAUGCGGAGGGUCCCUCAUCAGCCCACAGUGGGUCCUCACAGCAGCCCACUGCUUCUCCGCUCCCUCUGACCCCUCUCUCCCUCUGCCUUCCCGGCACAUCACCAUGUGGCGCGUGGUGGUCGGGGCCACCCGGUUGACUCAGCUGGGCCCUGAGGCCCAAGUGCGCCAUAUCAAGCGGCUACUGGUUCACGAGCACUACAGUAACAUCACGCAGAGGAACGACAUCGCCCUGCUGGAACUGGACCAGCCUGUGCAGUGCAGCUACUCCAUCCAGCUUGCCUGUGUGCCCGACGCCUCGCUGAGAGUGUCAGAGCUGACAACCUGCUACGCCAGCGGCUGGGGUUCCACGACUGCAAGAUGUGAGUUCCCAAAAAGUACUCGAUCAACUGAUGUCCUGCAGGAGGCCAUGGUCCGCCUCAUUGAUGUCAACCUCUGUAACAGCAGCGGGUGGUACAGAGGGGCCAUCCACACCCACAACCUGUGUGCUGGCUACGCGCAGGGUGGCAUCGACACCUGCCAGGGUGACAGCGGUGGUCCUCUCACCUGCAAAGAUAACAACGCUGACUACUUCUGGGUUGUUGGAGUGACCAGCUGGAGGAAAGGCUGUGCGAGAGCAAGACGGCCCGGAGUCUACACCUCCGCUCAGCACUUUUACGACUGGAUCCUGCUACAGAUGGGACUGCGCCCAGCAGGAAGGGGCAUUCCAACAUCACGGCCAAGCCCAAUACCAACGCAGUCGGGCAGGUUUAGCUCCUGCCCAUUUCCACUCCAGAGGCUGGUGGGUGCAGGAGCUCCUGCAGGUCCUGAGAGGAAAAAAGGCUUGAGCAGCAGGCUGAGAAGGAUCCAGUGCAGGCUGCAGCAUAGCAGCACUGGAUCCUUCUCUGGCAAUGGCUGCUCAUCCAAAGGCAGCCUCAGUGUCAAAGGCCUGCUCUGUCCUGUCCAUGCUCGUCCGAGGGCACACAAACGCUGAAGGUGACUUAGCGCUUGAAAUAAAGUUGCCAAU